AUGGCUACCCCAAACAUUGGUUCUAAUGAUGCUGCUGGCUAUGUCGCCCAGUUCACCAUGAUGGAGAAGGUCAAGCAAUACCUCGAGGCUCUCAACAUUGCUGUAAGCGAGAAGCUCCAUAUCCAUGCAGCUACUGUCCACCACGAAGACCUGCCGCAUGAUAAUGUGGACAGCUCGAUUGCAUCAACGACCGAAACUGGCACGCUCACUCCAGCGUCUGUUCGGUCCGUAGUCCCUGAUCGCCUCCACAUGCGCAUCCCACCCUCGAACUACGGCGCUGUCAUCCCUGGAAGCAUCUAUCGCUGCAGCUAUCCUGAGCCGGCCAACUACGAAUUUAUCAAGGAUCUCAAAAUCCAGAGUAUCCUGACCCUGGUACCUGAGCCUAUUGCCCCCGAAUACCAAUCAUUCAUGGACAACUCUGGCAUCCAGCAUUUCCGGGUCCACAUCCGUGCGAACAAGGGCGAGGUGCGCGUUGACUCCUGCGAGAUGCAGCGUGCUCUACGUUUGAUUAUGGACCGUUCCAAUCACCCCAUCAUGAUUCAUUGCAACAAGGGCAAGCACCGCACCGGCUGCACCGUUGCAUGCUUCAGGCGUAUCUGUGGUCUUGACAUGGACACUAUUCGCGAGGAAUACCAUACGUAUGCUGGAAAGAAGGCGCGUUUCCUCGACGAAGUGUUCUUCGAGAACUUUGACCUCAAUCUCGUCAUGUGGAUGGCUCGGCAAGAAAAGUGGGCUGGCACGAAGAUUGAGUGCGGAUCGGGGCUGGAGUGCAAGCACGAGCAUGAAGAGGUCACCAAGGCCGUCGAGAACGCACCCCUCUCGCCUCCAACUACACCAGUCAUGUGUCUGGCGGUGCCGGAACCUCUACCCUAG